AUGGAGAGAUAUUCAGCAUCUCAUAAUCAUAGAGUUCUGCUCCUCUAUCAUAUCUUCAUUUUGGUAUUGUUCUCAAUCUCCGUGUCAGCAUCGAGGCUUCUCUUUCAGUCGGACAUUGACCAAGUUUACAGACGAAAUCUACUCGCCAAUGGCCUCGGCUCCACUCCUCCCAUGGGGUGGAACAGUUGGAAUCAUUUCCGGUGCAAGAUUGAUGAGAAAACAAUCAAAGAAACUGCUGAUGCAUUGGUGUCCACUGGCCUUGCAAAGCUUGGAUAUCACUAUGUUAAUAUAGAUGAUUGCUGGGCCGAAUCAAAUCGCGACUUGAAGGGAAAUUUAGUCUCCAAACAGUCGACAUUUCCAUCUGGGAUUAAAGCUCUUGCAGAUUAUGUACAUGGCAAAGGGCUUAAGCUAGGAAUCUACUCGGAUGCUGGGUAUUCCACAUGCAGUGGGACAAUGCCAGGAUCCCUUGGCCAUGAAGAGCAAGAUGCUCAGACCUUUGCUUCAUGGGGAAUAGAUUAUUUGAAGUAUGAUAACUGUUUCAACGACGGUUCUAGGCCAACAGUACGAUAUCCAGUAAUGACUCGAGCUCUGAUGAAGGCAGGCCGUCCAAUCUUUUUCUCUAUGUGCGAAUGGGGGGACUUGCACCCAGCUCUGUGGGGAGCUAAAGUUGGAAACAGUUGGAGAACUACUAAUGAUAUAUCUGAUAACUGGGAAAGCAUGGUCACUAUUGCUGACAUGAAUGAAGUAUAUGCAAGGUUCGCACGGCCCGGCGGUUGGAACGAUCCAGACAUGCUUGAAGUGGGAAACGGUGGGAUGACAAAAGACGAAUAUAUAGUUCACUUCAGCUUAUGGGCCAUUUCCAAGGCUCCCCUUCUCUUAGGAUGUGAUGUACGUAAUAUGACUCAGGACACCAUGGAGAUUAUUAGCAACGAAGAGGUCAUUGCUGUCAACCAAGAUCCUCUUGGUGUUCAAGCAAAGAAGACUAGGAUGGAAGGAGAUGUUGAGAUUUGGGCGGGCCCACUCACAGGCAAUCGGACGGUUGUCCUCUUAGUGAAUCGGAGUUUUCAUGUGGGACGUAUUACAGCUUAUUGGGAUGACAUAGGUCUCCCUCCGAAUACAGUGGUCCAAGCAAGGGAUCUUUGGCAGCAUGCGACAUUGACGCAGACGUUCAAAAAUGCAUGGACGGAUACGAUGGUGCCUCAUUCAUGCAAGAUGUACGUGUUGACGCCUAUUUCCUAA